UUAAUUCAUACUGUGAAGAGAAACUCUCAGACAAUCAUGAUAGCAAUCUAUCAUCCUGACGAGUAGUUACUUUGAGUGGAUAGUAACCAUGGAAAAUGAUCGACUGUGUACCCCCUUGUCAGACAUGGUUGGAGGAACCUGACUGAACAAGUGUAGUAAGAAAAUGAGGCUCCCAUGGCUAAGUAAAUAGACUUCCUGAAAAGGAUUGGCUGAAAUUGUAUGAAUUAGUACAGUCCUCCCUCUUUUUUUUUUUCCCCCCCCCCUUAAUUCUGUCUCUGUUACAGAGACAUGUCAGCUACUUUCACCAUCUGCACUCCUCACACAGACCGUCAACAUUAAUGGGAAGAAAGGUUGCAUUUUGUAAUGGCUGCUAUUACCAUGUCAGAUCCCAAAUUGAGUUCUCAAACCUUUUGUUUCUGAAGUGCUGGUUUUGUCUUGAGAAAUGAACCGAUGUUCCAGAUUUGCUCAGUUAAUAAGGUGGCUUCUAGCAGCUGAAUUUCUUUUUGAUGUAGUUUAGUCCUGGCAUUUAAGUGGUGUUGAUCACCCAUUGUUUCAAAUUUACAUUUUAAUGUAUGUGUAUGUAUAUAUAUAUAUGUGUACAUGUUUACAUGUAUAUAUACAUAUAAAUACACCGUUUUGGAGAGUUAAAAGCCACCUUAUGCAAAGCCACUGAGGGGCAAUGAAUGUGAGGAGAGGGGGACCUCAUCCAGAGUCCCUCAACCUGAUAUUCUGAGUCCCGCGCGCUUGCAAAGUGGAGUGUCUGCGCAGCGUAGCUGUCCAUUUGACUUUGUGUAUGUGUGCUUAUGGGGUAGAGUGAGAGGGCUUGGUGGGAGGAUGUGGGGAGGUGGGGUUACAAUGAUCAAUGGGGUAAAUAGUGCCUCAGCCCACAGGCCGUUGAAUGGAGAGCUAACUUUCAGCGCAUUCCACUGCGGCUUCAAUCUGUAUUAAGUGAGACUGCGCUUGCUCCUCGAUGCUGACUUCUUUAUUUCAGCGGUGGAAGGUGAUAGUUAGAUGUUUCGUUCGAUGAAGUAUAAAAUGAGAUUUCAUUUAAAGCUCUGAUCGGUACAUUUAAAAGACAAAACCAGUAGAAGUUUAGUGUAGCUAGUUUAUAAAUACAACUUUUUUGUGACUUUUAUAUGGACGCCCUUUCUUCCUUGAAUUUGAGGCUGUCUGGUAUGGAAAGGAGGUCUGAGAAUAACAACCCUUGCUCCACCCUACCCUGUCCUGCACCUCUUUUGCCCAUCCCUUGCCACCAGACCCUUGCCGGUGUGUGUUUCCAAUUUGGAUAGGCAAAAUCUAAACCUAAGUUUAGGUUUUUUUUGGUUCGGUGAGUAAAUGCCUUCAUAGCAGACCACCGAAUUUUUGUUUUUGUUUUUUGUUUUUGUUGUCGUUCUUGUUUUUCUUUCUCAAAGUUGGGGCCCCAAACAUGUCAUUGUCAGAUACAGUUAUACAUUUCAGCACUUUGAAUGCAUGAAUUGAAGCUAAACACAUUAACUGCUUUGGAACAUAAGCGUGAAACUGUCUGUUUUUUUUCUUUCAGAAGAUUGCAUUUUAGAACAAAUCCAGGAAUAUGUUGUUGGACUCUUUACUAACUAUUUUGUCUUUCUUAUUUGUCUUUUUCGUUUUCAUGAUUGAUAUUAUACAUAGAAGGUUUCAGGCGGGUGAAAGCUCUCCCCUGUAGGUGCCUCGCUGACCGGAGGUCGAGGCCAGGAUCUAGGGGUGACACCGUCUGCUCUUCCCAUCAUCGACUACCCUGAAAAUGAGAUGAAAUAAUGGCUUGUUACCUGAAAGCGAUUGAGACUCAGCCAAACUUCGCUGUUGCCUGGAGCAACCUUGGAUGUGUGUUUAAUGCCCAGGGAGAGAUUUGGCUAGCCAUCCACCACUUUGAAAAGGCUGUUACCUUGGAUCCCAAUUUCUUAGAUGCAUACAUCAACUUGGGAAAUGUUCUGAAGGAGGCUCGCAUUUUUGACAGGGCUGUGGCAGCAUACCUGCGAGCAUUAAGUCUGAGUCCUAAUCAUGCAGUUGUUCAUGGAAACCUGGCUUGUGUCUAUUACGAACAAGGGUUAAUUGAUCUGGCUAUAGACACAUAUAGAAGAGCCAUUGAACUGCAGCCUCACUUUCCAGAUGCCUACUGCAACCUGGCUAAUGCACUGAAGGAGAAGGGAAAUGUUGCUGAAGCAGAGGAAUGCUACAAUACAGCACUUCGUCUCUGUCCCACACAUGCAGACUCUCUCAACAACUUGGCUAAUAUCAAAAGGGAGCAAGGGAACAUUGAAGAGGCUGUGCGACUGUAUCGGAAAGCUCUUGAGGUAUUUCCAGAAUUUGCAGCUGCCCAUUCGAACUUGGCUAGUGUGCUGCAACAGCAGGGAAAAUUGCAAGACGCAUUAAUGCAUUAUAAGGAAGCUAUUCGAAUCAGUCCAACCUUCGCUGAUGCCUACUCAAAUAUGGGAAACACGUUGAAAGAAAUGCAAGAUGUGCAGGGUGCCUUGCAGUGCUAUACAAGAGCAAUUCAGAUCAAUCCUGCUUUUGCUGAUGCUCACAGCAACCUAGCUUCAAUUCAUAAGGAUUCGGGAAAUAUUCCAGAAGCCAUUGCUUCCUACAGAACUGCCCUAAAGCUAAAGCCUGACUUCCCAGAUGCAUACUGUAAUCUAGCACACUGUUUGCAGAUUGUAUGUGACUGGACAGAUUAUGAUGAGCGAAUGAAAAAAUUAGUCAGUAUAGUAGCUGACCAACUGGAGAAAAAUCGGCUGCCAUCUGUCCAUCCGCAUCACAGUAUGCUGUAUCCACUAUCCCAUACCUUUCGCAAAGCCAUUGCAGAGCGUCAUGGAAAUCUGUGUCUUGACAAGAUUAAUGUGCUUCACAAACCGCCAUAUGAGCAUCCAAAAGACUUGAAAGCUAGUAAUGGACGUCUGAAAAUUGGUUUUGUGAGUUCAGAUUUUGGGAACCACCCCACUUCUCAUCUGAUGCAGUCAAUCCCUGGGAUGCACAACUCAGAAAAAUUUGAGGUUUUUUGUUAUGCAUUGAGCUCUGAUGAUGGUACUAAUUUUCGUGUGAAAGUGGUUGCUGAAGCAAAUCAUUUUGUGGACCUGUCCCAGAUCCCAUGCAAUGGCAAAGCUGCUGAUCGUAUUCAUCAGGAUGGGAUUCACAUUCUUGUUAAUAUGAAUGGAUACACAAAAGGCGCGCGUAAUGAACUGUUUGCUCUUCGUCCAGCUCCUAUACAGGCAAUGUGGCUAGGUUAUCCUGGAACAAGUGGAGCUCCAUUCAUGGAUUACAUUAUAACUGACAAGGAAACUUCACCACUUGACCUGGCAGAGCAAUACUCAGAAAAGUUGGCCUACAUGCCCAAUACCUUCUUUAUUGGAGAUCAUGCCAAUAUGUUCCCACAUUUAAAGAAAAAGGCUGUGAUUGACUUCAAGUCAAAUGGACACAUUUACGAUAAUAGAAUUGUUCUGAAUGGUAUUGAUCUGAAAGCAUUCCUAGACAGUCUGCCUGACGUCAAAGUAGUGAAGCUGAAGUGUCCUGAUGGUGGAGACAACUCUGAUACAAACUCUGCACUUUCAAUGCCUGUUGUCCCAAUGAAUGCUGCAGCUGAAGCCAUUAUCAAUAUGAUCAACCAAGGGCAAAUCCAGGUCACAAUCAACAACUUCACAGUCAGUAAUGGUCUGGCAACGACACAAAUCAACAACAAAGCAGCAACUGGCGAGGAGGUACCACGUACAAUCAUUGUUACAACACGGUCACAAUAUGGAUUACCAGAAGAUUCUAUUGUUUAUUGUAAUUUUAACCAGCUGUAUAAGAUUGAUCCAAAUACUCUACAAAUGUGGGCCAGUAUCCUCAAGCGAGUUUCUAAUAGUGUGCUGUGGCUACUUCGAUUCCCUGCUGUGGGAGAACCCAAUAUUCAGCAGUAUGCCCAGAGCAUGGGACUAUCUGCCAACCGUAUUAUUUUUUCACCUGUUGCCCCAAAGGAGGAGCAUGUGAGACGGGGGCAGAUGGCUGAUGUCUGUUUAGACACUCCACUCUGUAAUGGACACACAACAGGAAUGGAUGUACUCUGGGCAGGGACGCCAAUGGUGACAAUGCCAGGUGAAACACUUGCAUCUCGUGUUGCAGCUUCACAGCUAAUGUGUUUGGGAUGUCCAGAACUGAUUGCAAAGACCAGACAAGAGUAUGAGGAUAUUGCUGUUCUUUUGGGAACAGAUAUGGAAUAUCUGAAGAAAAUCCGAGGAAAGGUGUGGAAACAAAGAGUAAGCAGCCCCCUGUUCAACACCAAACAGUAUACUAUGGAUCUGGAGCGCCUCUACAUGCAGAUGUGGGAGCACUAUGCUGCAGGCAACAAACCAGACCAUAUGAUUAAGCCACUCAAAGCCAUGGAGACAAAUGAAACUGCUUGAAUCUACUCCAUUGCCAGAUCAUUGUGACUUUGAUAUGAGUAUACUGAACUGCACCCGUGGCUCCAUGAACCAUCACGCACUGAAUUUUUUUUUUUGUUUGGAGUUUUUUUUAAGAACAGCCCUAGGUGCUGGCAAUAACACAUUUUCAUAUUAGCCCAGAGUGACUGUUCAAAAAUUGAAGCGCUUUUACUGAAAGAUUGUUGAUACUGGAGUUAAACCAAGCUAAAAUGGGUUGUAUUAAGUACACCAUGUGCAGUAACACAACCUCUGAUUUAGACUGAGUACCUGUAUUCAUUAUAUGAGAAUGGAUCUGAAAAUAUUUGUGAUGCCAUUUAGCUAGAACUUCACACUAGUAAUUAUAAGAUAAAAAAUCUGAUAUUACUGUCUGUUCACUAUUCAAAUUGCAUCGCUUCCUUUUAAAAGUUUGAUGGCCGGAUCACUGGAAGGGUUCAUUGAAGGCUUUAGACUGACUCUUUAAAGAGUUAUUAUUCUGUUUUUAAUGUUUCCCUGUCAAAUUAUUUUUAUAAACCAUUGAGGCUCACUUCCUUCUCAGUCUGUGUUCUGUGCCUUUUAGUUACCAAGUUAUUGUACUUUUGUUGAAAACUGAUUUCUGCAUUGAAAAAUGAGUAUGCCAAAUGGCCAUUAUAUAUCUGUACUCUUCAUUUGCUCCAGUUCCUUAGUGAUGCAGCACAAUGCGCAUCCCAGUUGUCCUAUGUUGGCUCACGUGCAUCAGAUAUGAACUCUAGUACAUAUGUACUCAAAUGUAUUUCCUUGUAUGGCCUACAGGAGCUUGAGUGAGGAUAUAAUGUUUUGAUGCAUGAUUGUACGUAAUUUAGAGAAUAGCAGUGCACCGACAGUCGGUGAGGUCUGGAAUGACAUUUUGGAGACUGGCCUAUUGCAGAACAGUUUGAGGAAAUUCAAAACAGGUCUGAAGCAUAGUUGCUGUUCCUCGCUUUUGAUUUUCUUAGGAUCAUUUUGUGAAGGGCUAAGGAUUUUAAUUUUGCCCACAGGUAAGUAUCUCAUCAGUUAUUAUUAUGUAGAAUGAGCAACGUAUGUGGCUUUUAGCCACUGUGAUAUUUGGUGGUAACCUCUUUUGCACCAGUAAUUGCAUAUGUAAAACAAAAAAGGUUUGUGGGUGUUUUUGCAAGAUUUACUUUUGUCAUUCAAAUUACUUUCUCAGAACUAUAACAAUUGCUUUGAGUUUUAUUCUCAGGUCUGCAUCAAGAAUCACUUAAAUUUGAACUCUUUGCUUCAACUUUAACAUUUUGGUUUGCUGGGAGCACCCAGUGGGUAGAUUGUAAAUAUUUACAUUGAACUAUCCCAUUCUUGCCCACUUAUCUAAAACUCCUGUAAACAAAGUGCAUAUUUUUAGUUUUUACAUAAAACGAAACCAGAUCAUUUAAUCUAGUGUUCAACUUUAUUUUCAGAUCAUUUGAUCUGGUUUCUGAUAAAAUUCUAAUACCUUUAUUCGAAGACAGGAUAAUGUCUGGCUCAUAAUGUUCACUGGGGUUAAUAAAAUAUUAAUUUUAUUUAAAAUAAAGGAUGGUACUGAGAUUUAUGCUGAUGUUGGGAGAGGUAGCAACAGAGGCAGGUGAGCGUGCUCUGAAACAAAUCUCACUUUUGGUAUGAUGGUAAACACUGUAUAUAUCUGAGGUGGAUUAUUUUAUUAGUGACUCUUGCUCAGAUUUACUUUUUUUUCCUCUGUCAUGACAGUUAUUUUAACGCCUCUAAUUGACAUUGAGACCUCCAAUUUCUUGCGUUAUCUGGAUUUUAGGCUGUUUAAGUAUGAAGCUGUAAAUACAUGUGAAUGAGAAUCUAUUGUAUCUGUGUACAAUUAUAAAGCAGCUGGAUGCUUCCACUUGUGUUCUUGUGUUUCUGUGCUGAGCUGUUGAAACGGCCUCUAUCAUAUCAAACAUCUAUCAGAUUUACAAAUUGGGCUAUUCCAUGCAUUUAUUUAAUAUUUACUUUGUUCUCCCAUACUAUUCUUUCCAGUACAGUC